UCAGCAUUAACCAUCUUUUCGUACUAUUUUUUGUAAACAAACAUGUUAAAAAAUGUGAAUACAAAGAAUUAAAAUUAUCAAGUCUUAAAUGGAACAUAUUUAAUUAUGAAAAUUAGUAAUUUAACAAUAAAACAUUUAUAAUGCAACCUGUACGAAAAGGAGCAACCAAACGGUGUUGUUACGGAGUGUGUAAGAGUGAUACACGUUAUAAAUCAUUUAAAACCGAGACAUAUUAUUUUAUAAACUUUCCAAAACCUUGCCUUCCAUAUCGUAAAAAAAUGAUUAAAACAUCAGAUAAAGUUCAUAUUCAAACGUGUUCAAAAUGCAAAAAAUGUGAUUUAUGGGUGAAAAAAUGUGGCCGAAAUGACAGACGUUUUCGAUCGAUUGAUAAUGUUACUAAAGAUACUUAUAUUUGCUCACUGCAUUUUUAUGGAGAAAGUGGUCCAACAGAAGAAUAUCCUGACCCCUUAACCUAUCAAGAAUUUCAAAAAAUUGAUAAGAUGGUCAAAACAAGAACGUCUUUAUUUGAGAAGUACAAAAACGUAGAUAUGGAAGAAGCAAAUGGACCUUCGACAAGCAAUAAUGAAACUUCGACAUUGAUGGGUCAUGAAGAGAUUCAAAAUAUUGGGAAUGAUAAUUUUUGUUUUAAUUCACAAGUUCCCUUCGAAUUCUUUAUCUUCAGAGAUGAGUAUUUCUGAAGUACAAACUGGCAUUUUUUUUAUUGUAAUUUGAAAAAAAAGAACAUCUUACAGCAGUAAAUGACAAGGAUGUGUAAUAGUGAUGUGACGAAUAUU